AUGAGCAGUGGUGAUGUGAAUAGAACAGAACAAGAAAAAGAGUUGGAAGAUUUUAGAAAUGCUUGGAAGAAAGAAGUUCAGCAAAAACAGCAUCCAUUGCAAUCGUCGCAGCCAGCGUUGGAGCAGCAACAGCAAUCACUUCGCAGACAAAGUGUAGUUAUCGAUGGAAAAAGGCGGCAUUCCAUUAGACAGCCUCUACAUUCAUUAAAUAGAGCUGAUACAGAGGAAAAAAGUGUUCAAGAGUUGAUUGACGCUACCGAAGCACUUGCAACACAAGAAUCUGGAGACGUCAAGCAGCCUGUGACAGCAAUGGACCAUUAUGUGAUAGCUGUUGAUAACGAACGACAGGGAAAACUAGGCAAAGCAUUGGAUAGUUAUCGCCGAGCCUUUAAAUUGGAUCCUAAUAUCGAUUUUAAAUACAAAAAACAUUUUCAGAACAAUAUAUUACCAGCUAUUCAACAGAGCGAUAAAGAAAAUGUGCCUAUCAAAGAACACGACGAGUUUAAGCAUUUUGUACCUAUUGGUAGAGAAUACACGCCGCCCAAAAAUGUAGAUAGAAAAGACAUAGAAAAGGAUACAUUAUCCGAUCUAAUAGAACAGUUCCUGCAUAGUGAAGAGAGCUUAGAGUAUAUACCGAAAGUAGACUAUAAACCAGUGCAUAUUGCGAAAUUACCUAGUGAGAUUUUACUUUACAUAUUGAAAUACUUGGUUCUGCAUUCUGUCUCAACCAUACCGUAUUUUGCCCUUGUGUGCAAAAAGUUCUUUCUACUUACCCGUGAUCCUUCCAUUUGGCAGUAUGGCUGUGUACAACUGUUUAAACGUCCCGACAUGUCUUUAGAACAAUCCAAGAAAGUACAGACAGAACAUGUUUAUCGACAAUUUGCAGGCAAUUGGUUAAAGAUGUUCAUCGAUCGGCCGCGCAUCAGGUUUGAUGGCGUGUAUAUAUCCACUUGUCAUUAUAUUCGACCAGGUACAUCGGAUACAUCAUGGAGCAAUCAGCCAAUACAUUUUGUCACCUAUUAUCGAUAUCUAAGAUUUUUCCCGGAUGGAACAAUUUUGAAGCAUGUCAACACGGAAGAGCCGAAGCAUGUUGUGAAGCUACUACAGAGAGGAUUUCGAACAAAACAAGUGUUUCGUGGUCGAUAUGAACAAAAGAGUGAUGAAAACAUAGCGAUACAAAUGAAGGAUUCAACUUUGCCACAAGAAAUGUUCUAUCUAAAGCUGAAAAUCAAAACAACCCAUAGAGGAAAACAUAAUAAGCUGGUUUGGAAUAAGUACUAUAGUAUCUCAACGUAUGGCAUGGAAGACAACAACACAUUUGAAGACAUUGAUGACGUUGAUGAAGAUGAGAGAUAUAAGUAUCACGAAUAUGAUUUGAAAUUGCUGAAACCUUACUUUUUCAGUCCUGUGAAAAGCUACAAAGUUGAAUAUUCGCAUCAAGCUACAGAUUCGUUCGAUGAUGAUGAGUUUAUCUAUUUUUGA